CCACUGCAGUGGAAGAAGCCUGGCCAAUCGAUUUACCCUUCAAACCUGCAGCUUUCGCUCCGCCUGACUCAGUCUAUUUCAUUACGACACACAGAACCGGGGUUUAAGGCGAGCCUCGACGCAAGCUCAUAUAAUGUCAAUUUCAAAUGCACAAGCGACAUCAUCCAUCCAGAUAUGCAGGAUCAUGCGUCCUGAUGAUGCCAACAUUGUUGGUAAUGUUCAUGGUGGCACUAUCCUGAAGAUGAUUGAGGAAGCAGGAUGCAUCAUUGGCACACGCCACUGCAAUACUCAAAACGGGGAUCACUGUUUAGCUGCUUUGGCCCGGGUGGAGCGCACAGACUUCCUGUACCCAAUGUUCAUCGGUGAAGUAGCCCAUGUCAGCGCUGAGAUUACCUACACCUCCAAACACUCAGUCGAGGUGCAGAUCAAUGUUCUCUCAGAGAACAUAGUCACAGGUGCCAAAAAAGUGACCAACAAGGCAACGCUGUGGUAUGUCCCACUAUCCCUUCAAAAUGUGGACAAAAUCAUCGAAGUUCCUCCUAUUGAGUACUCCAGCUCAGAGCAGGAGGAAGCAGGAAAAAAGAGAUACGAGGCUCAGAAAUUAGAGCGAUUAGAGACCAAAGAGAGGAAUGGUGAGAUCAUCAUGUCUGUCUCUCUUCCAGAUAGACAGACAAAGGAGCCCUACACUGUUGCAUUUAGUCAGUCAAGUCUGAUCCAUCUCGUUGGCCCAUCUGACUGCACGCUGCAUGGCUUUGUACAUGGAGGUGUGACGAUGAAGCUCAUGGAUGAGGUUGCAGGGAUUGUUGCUGCCCGUCAUUGCAAGACCAACAUUGUGACGGCAUCUGUGGAUGCCAUUAACUUCCAUCGUAAGAUCAAGAAAGGCUGUGUCAUUACUGUUUCCGGGCGAAUGACCUUCACCAGUAACAAGUCAAUGGAGAUUGAGGUUUUUGUUGAUGCUGACUAUCUGGCGGAGGCUGAGAAGGGAAAAUAUAGGGCUGUCACAGCCUUUUUCACCUAUAUCUCACUGGACAAAGACAACAAGCCCCUUCCUGUGCCACAACUGAAGUUGGAAGGUGAAGAGGAGCAGAGACGGUUUGAAGAAGGAAAAGCACGCUACCUGCAGAACAAGGCAAAGAGACUCGCAGAUAAGGAGUGUCAUCAAUGACUUUAACAACACAAACACCAUAUUGUGUUGUAGAAGAAAAUUCUGGUAUAAUAGAGCAUCAACGUACAACUUACUAUAUAUAUCAAGAACCGCUCUUAUUCUAAAUGCAGUUCACCUAAUAGAAAGAAAAAUAUAGGUUUAAUUGACUAUUGGCUGCGUUUACCAAAGCACUUUGUCUAUACUGUAUGUAUCUUAAGUGGAUUGAAAUAUGUUUCAUUGUAACAAGUUAUUUGUGAAAUCUGCAUAAGUGUAUUAUGCACUAAUAAAAGCCUAAUAAUGCA